AGAAAGCAGCGACACAGAUGAAUGACGUGGCGCGUCACACCCCUGGACUGCAGCUGUAACUGCCAACCCCAGGCCCACACUGCUCACACCCACAUGCUCCUGAGAGCUCACAGCUGCAAUGUCACACGCAGAUGGGCCCCUGGCAGAAAGGCUCCUGUCCACUGAGAGGGCCCUCACGGUCCUGCAUGUGAGCCUGCAUCACCCCGCACAGGACCCGGACAUCUUUGCCAAUGUCCCAGCACGGUGGCAGCAUGACACCAGCCCGCUUCUGGUGGGGCGCAGCCUAGAUGCCCACCUCCGGCUACAGCUCCCCUGCCUCUCCCGCAGACACCUGUCGCUGGAGCCCUACCGGGAGAAGGGCAGCGCUCUGCUGACCUUCUGCCUGAAGGCCCUGAGCCGCAAGGGCUGUGUGUGGGUCAACGGACUGACUCUGAGGUUCCUGGAGCAGGUUCCCCUGAGCAUGGUCAACAGGGUCGCCUUCUCCGGCAUCCAGAUGGUGGUCCGCAUAGAGGGAGGCACCUCCCUGGAGGCUUUUGUCUGCUGCUUCCAUCUCAGCCCCUCGCCCCUGAUUCACAGGCCCCAGGCUGAGGAGACUGACGAAUGGGAGAGUACCUCCCAGGAGCAGCCUCCCCCAAGUUCAGGGCAUUGGGCUCCAGGUCACCUGGGGCUUCUCCAUGGCCCUUCCCUGCCAAGCCCUGGAGGAGGAGCAGAAACACAGCUCUAGAAGACCUCAGACAGUGCUAGCCCCACCGGCUGCCCAGAGCAAGCCUCACCCAUAAGAGGACUUGAACUCUUGGAGCGACCCCACGCGAGGUUAACAAGCAAGACCUGCUUGGUAAUAAUGAACUGAUCCUGCAAACACGAACAGCCUGGGGUGGGGGAGCGCCCUCCACGGUUACAGCUAUGCAAGGUAAUGGGAACUUCAUAUACUUUUAGAGGCCCUGAGAGGUUCUGAGAGCCUCUCUCCAGCCUUUCCCCACAUUUCCCUCCUCUUGUCUGCCUAGGAGUUACUUUAUGUUGCUAAUUUCGCGUGCUGCUUAAGAGCUGGAGUUUGAGGUUUGCACCAGGAAUGCGUGGACACAUGUAACAAUUACGUUUGUGGUAGCUCGGGGUUACCCUGGCCUUUCAAAUACCCACAGGCACUCCGGGCUUAGGGAAGCCUGUAUUUAAUAAACUGCAAGUAUUUCAUUAAGCUGGCAUACCCAAUAGGAUUCCCCGAUCCCCAGACGGGCUGCAUGCGUACCACGUUGUCACACAGAGGCGGGGGUGGGGAAAUAGAGAAGAGGUGUAAGAGGAAAUUGGAAAGGUGGGGGCUCACAUUUCUGGAAAGGAUGUGGGCAGAGCUCAGGGUUUCCUGGGGCUGGGGAGCUGGGGGCUGGGCCUGCCUGGAAAUCCAUUGACCCGGUCAUCCUUGAGUUCCCUCACUAUCAUUUCUGGAUCAAAGCCUUGGCUGAUCAGAGGGCCAGGUCUUCAGGGAAAGGUAGCUGCCCAGAGCAAUGGGCUCUUUCAGGACUAAUUCUAUGAGAGGGUGAGGAGGGAGGUUGUGGUAGAAUUUAGCUCAGCCGUUAUUUUACUCAAAGUGGGUCAUAGACCAAUGGGGGUGGGGUAGUCCUCCAAAACUAAGGGACAACUAGUGAGUCCUGUGGGCCAAGGAUGGGACAGCUUUCUCAGUGAACAGGGGAGCUGAGCACAGCCCCCACUCUCCAUGUCAUCCUAGUGGCAGUGGGGGUUGGAAGUGUCGUUUAGAAACAGCGUUCACCUGUGUAAAGAAGGGAGGGGCCUACAAACUCAGGUGGUCGUCAUCAUCCUAGAGCCUGCUCCAGGAUAUGAGGCCAUGGUGUUGCCAACCAGCCGGCUCACAGCCUCAGGCCUCUUACCACGUCCAACAAGGCUUUCGACACUCUCUACUUCCCACCCGAGAAGAAAAACCCUUUUGCACCCCAGGCAGGCUACAACGAGAUUCAGCUGCACUGCCAAUUCUUCCCGGGGAAGAUAGUGCGCAGAACCCAGGCCUGUUCUGGCUGGGGAAACUUCCCUUCUAAUAGGGAAUAAGGCAAGGACACUGAGAUUAUAGCCACAAGGCACAGGAGGGCAAGGGCUGCAAAGAGAGGGGGCUGUCCAAUACAAUGAAUGGCCCCUCGGGGCCCCCAAGCAGUCCUUCACUCAGUCAUUCAACAAACUUUCACCAGAUGUGAGGCAAAGCCCCAGGAACCCACAGUGAACUAGGCAGGCAAAGUCCCUGCCCUCAGAGAACUUAUGUGGGCUCAUGAAAGACACCUGUGGAGGAGUUAAUCACUUCAUUAUUUGAUCACCACUGUUACUGGUGCCGUAAAUGUGUUUUCUGUCUUCCAGCUGGGGUUAGCAUUCGCUGUACCAUUAAGUGGCCAUGUCUGCUGAGUGCAUACUGUGUGCGCAGUGCUUUGCCAGGUGCCGUGUGCCUUGCUCAGCUGAAUCCUCAAAACACCCGGAUAGAUCAUGGUAUUAGCACAUUGUAUCGACGAGGAAAUCAAGACUUAGAAAGGGUAUCUUGCCCAAAAUCAUGUCACUCACUAGCUGUGUGAUCUUGGGCAAGUGACUUAGCCUUCUCUUGUCUCCAUUUGUCCCGCUGAAAAGUGGGUAAGAUAAUAGUACCCAUCCACCAGGGAUGUUAUACGGUCUUAGGAGGGGGCACGUGUAAAUCUUGUAGGGAAACAUCUGUCACACAGUAGGCACUCAGUACGUGUUAGAUACCUACCAUGGUGAGACCUAAGAGAGGGAACAUAAUAGGUCUAUAUCCAAGGGCUCACCUGGGAUGCAUAUAUAGAGCUAGAGGAGGU